CGCUCCUACCCGGCUAAUUUCCGUAAUUUUGCAAGUCGGUAUUUGUGAAAUUUUUUUAUAUGCCUCGCUGAUGUAUCUGCCACCAUGUCGCGCCGCAAGCAAGCUAAACCCCAACAUCUCAAGUCGGACGAGGAAGCGGUGCCAAUAGUUUCUCAAAAUUUCCCAGGGGAAGGACCGGAUGAUGCUGAUAGUGGGAAUGAAAGUAGGAGCGGAAGUGAGGAAACACACAUCUGCGAGAAAUGCUGUGCAGAGUUCUUCAAGUGGCCUGACUUCAUGGAGCACCAGAAGAAUUGCACGAAGAACCCGCUAGUCUUAAUCGUCAACGACGAGGAGGCAGCACACUCGGAGGACUUCCCCGAGGCUUCCCCCGCCAGUAGCCCAAGUGAUCAAGUGGAGAGCGAGGCUGGUGAGGACAAUGGUCCGCUAGAGGGGAACGACUGCUCUGAGCUAAAGAAUACCGAGCAAGACGAGCCGAUGGAGGUGGACGCAUCAACCGACAAAGGCUACCAAAAUCAAGGGUCCACCGGCACUGCUACUUUGCUACCUCAGAUCUCUGAAUCAUCUUCUAUGACCAAUUAUAACAUGCCAAACACUAAUGUGACUUUAGAGACCUUGCAGAGCACUAAGGUGGCAGUAGCACAGUUUUCCCAGGACACCCGAUCUAACAGCCCCACUUCAAGUCAUACAAUACCCACCAUGGCUAUUCCUAUGAUCCUAGAGCAGUUGGUGGCUCUGCAGCAGCAACAGCUGCACCAGCUGCAACUGAUUGAACAAAUCCGCAACCAGGUAGCGAUGAUGAACCCACAGACACUGCACCCACUAAACCCCUCUGCACCCUCCCAAGGUACUCCAGUAUCUGCUGCUAGCCAGCAUGCUUCCUUCAGCGAGCAUCCUUCCAACCCCUUGUCAGGUGUUAUCUCAGCUUCUGGCACAGUGCAGGCACCCAAUGUCCACACUUCAGCUUUCGAUGGCUCCCAGCAGAUCACUCAGCCCGCCUCUGGGGCCAGCACUCCUGUUUUACCCAGUAGUGCGUCACCAAGACUGGAAUCCGCUUUGCCUCCAUCCACAAGUGGAAUUGCAUCUUCCCUGACUCCGAGUUCCAGUUCAAACACAAAUAACACUUCCUCUCAGUUGCAGUAUUCGACUUCAUCACUUGCACACGGUAGUCUCCUCAGUCCAGCUUCCAGCAUGCCUAAUCCACUGCUACCUCAGAAUUCCUCAAGUGGUGUGAUCUUCCCAAACCCCUUGGUCAGCAUUGCUGCCACAACCAAUGCUCUGGACCCACUGGCUGCCCUAAUGAAGCAUCGCAAAGGGAAACCACCCAAUGUCUCUGUGUUCGACCCUAAAACAAGUUCAGAAGAUCCAUUUUUCAAGCAUAAGUGUAGGUUUUGUGCUAAGGUCUUCGGAAGCGACAGUGCAUUACAGAUUCACCUUCGUUCUCACACUGGAGAGAGACCAUUCAAGUGUAAUAUUUGCGGAAAUCGGUUUUCCACCAAAGGUAAUCUCAAAGUACACUUCCAGAGGCAUAAAGAAAAAUACCCUCACAUCCAGAUGAAUCCAUAUCCAGUUCCUGAAUACCUGGAUAAUGUACCUACUAGCACUGGUAUUCCAUAUGGGAUGUCCUUGCCACCUGAAAAACCAGUGACAACCUGGCUGGACACCAAGCCUGUGCUGUCAACCAUACCAACAUCAGUUGGAUUACAGUUGCCUCCAACUCUAUCAAGUAUUACCAGUGAAUCGCCAACGGUGACUCCUUUAAGCAGGUCACCCCAAAGACCAUCACCUCCAUCAAGUGAAUGUGCUUCUCUGUCACCAAACAUGAACAAGAAUGAUUCCAGCAUUCCAAUAACUGCAGAGUCUCCGCAGUCAAUUACUGGUGGUAAUAUUAUUUCAAUGGUCCAAGGUUCGAACGUAUCUGCUUCAGGUUUCAAGACAGUAGAAAGUUGUGCAUCUGGGCAGUCAGUUUCAUCAGCUGCGUGCUCCACCACGUUCACUACAUGUGCAGAGAGCGGAGUGAACAGCGUUCCCACGACCCUUCCCAGUCCUCUGCUCCCCAUCAUAUCUGAUCAGUUCAAGGCAAAGUUUCCCUUUGGUGGUCUGUUGGAUUCUAUGCAAACAUCUGAGACCUCAAAGCUGCAGCAGUUGGUGGAGAACAUCGACAAAAAGAUGACGGACCCCAACCAGUGUGUUAUCUGUCACCGUGUACUCAGUUGUCAGAGUGCUCUGAAGAUGCAUUACCGCACGCACACAGGCGAGAGGCCAUUUAAAUGCAAGAUCUGUGGGCGGGCUUUUACCACCAAGGGGAACUUAAAGACACACUUUGGAGUUCACCGUGCAAAGCCUCCUCUUCGAGUACAGCACUCUUGUCCCAUUUGCCAGAAGAAAUUCACAAAUGCCGUAGUUUUACAGCAACAUAUUCGCAUGCAUAUGGGAGGCCAGAUUCCCAACACUCCAUUGCCAGAAGGCUUCUCAGACAGCCUAGACAGAGACUUAACCUGUGAUGAAAUGAAUGCAGAACUAAUGAGCAACUACCCUGACGAUGAAUUGAUGGAUGAAAAUUCAGUGGACGAGGAGGCAGAAUUAAAUAUUGCCUCAACAGAGUCUUCGAAACAGUUGUUGUGCUAUUCCGGCUCGUCACCCAACUCACCGCCUUCGGUGAUAUCCAACAUUGCAGCACUGGAGAAUCAGAUGAAGAUAAUAGAUUGUGCUCUGGGCACACAGCAGCGAUCCAGCGUGAAAUCUGUUGAAAACGGAUCCAUGGAGAGUGAUCGCUUAACAAAUGACUCUUCCUCUGCUGUGGGUGAUCUGGAAAGUCAAAGUGCUGGUAGCCCCGCACUGUCAGAGUGCUCUUCCUCGAUGCAGGCAUUGUCACCCGCGCCCAGCAACACUGGGAGUCAAAGGUCAAAGUCACCAAGCUUUGGCAACCAUGAGGAGCCACAUGAGACUCCGGUGAAAUUAGAAAAAGUGGACAGUCCAUCAACUCAUCGGGAGAAUGGAGGUGCACUUGAUCUGACAGCCAACAACCUGACCCGGCCGAUCAUCAAAGAAGAGGCUUUUAGUAUGCUGUUCCCCAACCAAGAAUGUGGUAAGUUGAAAAGUACUGUUUGUAGUAUCUGUGGGAAACCUUUUGCUUGUAAAAGUGCGUUGGAAAUUCACUACCGCAGCCAUACUAAAGAGCGUCCAUUCCUUUGCACAAUCUGCAAUCGUGGUUGCUCCACUAUGGGUAAUUUAAAACAGCACUUACUGACUCACAAGAUGAAAGAACUUCCUUCUCAGUUAUUUGAACCCAACUCCACUCUAGGUCCCACCCAAAGUACUCCUAGCCUGGUCACCAGCACUGCACCAACCGUGGUCAAAAUGGAAGUCAAUGGUCACAGCAAGCCGAUCUCCCUAGGUGAUGGCACGCAGGUUCCAGUUGGUAUACAGGCUCCAUCUGCACCACAGACAGCUAUGAGUCCAGGUAUGACACCCAUUCUGGCACCGCCACCUCGUCGGACUCCCAAGCAGCAUAACUGUCCGUCCUGUGGGAAGACCUUUUCUUCUGCAAGUGCUCUUCAGAUCCAUGAGCGCACUCACACUGGUGAAAAGCCUUUUGGCUGCACAAUCUGUGGCAGAGCUUUUACAACAAAAGGGAAUCUUAAGGUUCACAUGGGAACCCAUAUGUGGAAUAACUCUCCAGCAAGACGAGGACGUCGUUUGUCAGUAGAGAACCCAAUGGCUUUACUAGGCGGUGAUGCUGUGAAGUUCUCAGAGAUGUUUCAAAAGGACUUGGCAGCUCGGGCAAUGAAUGUUGACGCAACAUUCUGGAACCAGUACGCUGCGGCCAUCACGAAUGGUCUAGCCAUGAAAAAUAACGAGAUUUCUGUUAUACAGAAUGGAGGCAUCCCUCAGCUCCCUGUUAGCCUGGGGGCCAGCAGUAUCCCAGCUUUAACUAGUGUGGCCAGCGGAAUGGACAGGGUUCGUACAGGGAGCAGCCCACCUGUUGCUAGUCUGGAGAAACAAAGCACAGAAGGAGGUGCAAGUCGCCCAUUCGCUAGAUUUAUCGAAGAUGGCAAAGAAAUUGGCAUUAACUAAAACAUGGCACUCUCAAACACAAGUAACAAAUGGACCAUUUUACCUUUGGAAUCUUGUACUAUAUUGUGUACAGUUUUUGGAGCAUACCUUCAAUAGUUGUUAAGAUAUGACUUCAACUCCAAAUACUCAGUUGUUGUGUUUUUCUUGCUCCUUUACUCAUAGCCAGAAUCACAAAAGUUUCAUAUUCUGGUUAUGGUUUGAGUUGUCUUGCAAGAUUUGCAUGGUACUACUUGUUUCAAUAGUAAAUUUUACAGAAAAGUACUUCAAAAUUUUUAGAAAAAUUGUACAUUCAGAAAAUUAAUAGGCCCUUGGUUACAAUGAAUGGACAAACUGUGGAUUGGAAACUAGGUUGGGCCAGGGCUCUAACUUAGUUCCUUGACAACGGUACUCAGAGUGAAUCACUAAAGGGCCUGGAAAGCAUAAGCUGACUGGAGAAUGGAUGGACAAGUGCGCUAAUUGUCUUCACAUGAAGUAGAAACUUGAAAUUAUAUUUUUUUUCUUUGAAGAUAUCCUGCUCUGUUUUAAAAAAAAGGUGAUUUUUGUGUCCCCAGAGAUGUGUUCUAUGAAAAGUGUGCUCAUCUGUACUAUUUAUGAUGUCAAGAUUAUGCGGGUCAGAAAUAGUAUCCAGUCCCACAGUAAAUUUAUGUGUUAUUUGCAUAAGUAUAUGCAAAGUAUAUACAAACAGCUACAUGUUUCUCAUACAAAAAAAACUUAAGAGUCUGUUACUGACAGCUUUGUUACAACCACAUUAAUUUAAAUUGAACCCAGAUACUUCGGUGAAGUCUGGAAGUCUCUCUUCUCAUCUUUAGGAAGAAUAUAAGGUUGCAGACAUGUCAUUUUUAUUCUUUUUAUUCCAAAUGCAAGCGAUUGCUAUUGUAACCGCUUUCUGGGGGAUGGGGGGUGGGAAUGAGAAAAAUUAAAUGUUUUUGAAGCUGCUAUCUAGCCCUUUUAAGUCAGAGAUGUAUUUCAGAUAAAAGAGGAUAAAGUUUUGUGUGAGGAAGUGAAAUCUCCAUUAAAUGACAUUUUAAAACUUUAGCAUGUGACUUGCUCUAGAUGCAUUCACUUCCAACUUCAGUUACCAUAAAAUCCAGUGUAUAAGUUGCACCAGUGUACAAGUCACUUUUACACACACGGUCUUUGAGGAGUGCUCAAAACUAAACAUAUACACCAUAUUUUACAGUAUUUUUGAGAGAACACACCCUACUUGUUCCUGAAAUCAUAUAAAUGGGAUUUUUUAAGUCUAUUUGUGAAAUAGAGCAUCUCAUCACAGGAAAUAUAUUUUCUUCAGUUUAACAUUUUUGUGUUAAAACAUUACUUUUACAGACCUCAUGAAAACACUGUUAUUUCCCACCCCUCCUCCCCCAAACUAACUACAGUGCCUGCUAUUUUAUUUUAAAUAUUAAUAUUUAAUUGAUCAAUUGGUACAUAUUAAUUGCUAGCCCAACUCAGCACACUAAUAAAGGUUAUUAAAUGGCAUGCAAUCUGAGGAGUAAGGAUGUGCCUGGUGCCACUGAACUUCAAGUCAUUUAAAAUGUACAUAAUAUGUUAUUUUUAUUUAAAGACUAGAACCCUUAAAGAUUUAUUCCAGCCUCUUUUUAGUACAAUUAACAUUUUCCUUAAAAAAAUUCUGUCUGAGCACUUUUAAUACAGCUCAAUUAAUUUGAAUGGCUUAGAGUCCACAUUAAAAUGGCAUAGACAGGAAUUUAUGCAAACGUGUUAAUGGGUGUGUUAAAACUGCAGAAAGGAAACUGAAACCACCAGAGUCCUAUAUUGUUUAAUUGGUUAGAAAUUGGACAUUUUAUUUGUCCCCUAAAAUAGGUGUCAACAUAAAAUCUUUUAUUGUUAUUUUCUCCUAUGAAAAAUAACUUUUACAUGCUGCAGCUCAUGGGAAAGUUACUCUGGAUCUGGCAGGCUCUACUUUUAUUGUCCUGUUUCCAUUGUUUUUGUAAAACAGAUGCCAAGAUGUGAGGCGCAAAGAGAUUUUCUUUUAGUUCGCAUGCCAGUAUGAAUCUGGCUUUGCUCCAUUUUUAUAGUGACCGUAGAUGGGGGCAUUUGUACACUGGAGCACAAGUUUUCUGCCCCAUGCUUUUAGAGUCGCUUAUAUUUUGCACACUUUGUGGAGCUUUUGACAAAUGAGAGAAGAGCUCAUGAAGAAACUUUAAACCACCGUCCCCAUCAGCCCAAACUCCCCCUAUGUACAUGCCACUAUUUACUGCAAGUUAGAGAAGAGAGUCUUGUUUAAAUUCCAUUAAACUUGCUAAUUCAGGAUUUCCUUCAACUGGAACCCUCAUCUUCAUUUGGUGACAUCCAAUUGUAAAUGCACAUCUGGAACGGUUGCUGUAAAGCCUGACUGAAGUGCUGUGAAAAUCCACAUCACAUGCAUUUAUCCACUUCAAGUGUUGGCAGUAGUUCCCUGCUCUGAGGUACUGCUAAGUUACCAGCAGCAACCCCUGUUAUGGAUGUGCCUGUUCUUCCUGAAGUCACUAUUAGCCAUGUGCACAGAGAUGUGAAAGUGAAAGCUGUUACAAACAUGUUCUCAAUUCAUGGAACAGAGCACAUCUUUGGUUAUGUACCAAUCGAUUAUUCUGAUUGACAAGAUGUUCUUCCUAGAGCAAGAUGAUAAUACCACCCCGUCCUUUGUGAGUCUAAAUUUUGUUGCAUUACACAACAGAAGGGACAAAAUGCAGACCUGGAAGUGAAGCAAAAUGAAGUCCAGUGGAGUAACUUUAUUUCGUUUCUGAAGGUUCUCUUGAAUAUUGUUGUAGGUCUGAUCUUUGUGCCACUUGACCUUUAGGAGGGUGAAGCUCCUCCUCUGAACAAUUUUACUGAAUAGAUCAGCAAACAGGAAAUCCCAUUUUGUACUUCUUCAUUAAAUUAUCGACUGGAGGAAUUUCACACCAAACUGAGUUAAUUCUGUGAUGAAGCUGGGAUAAGUUAAAUACCUUGCACCUUAUCAUAUGGCUGAGAUGAGUAAAAGAGGACUCUGACCUUCUUAAACCCAGCAGAUUUAAGGUUGAACAAAAUUUCCAUAAUGUAAAGACAAGUAUUACAUGUAUGAUAAGAUGGCCUAUCUUAUGAAUCUGAUGAAAGUGUUGUAAACUUUCUUUAAUCUUUAAAAUGCUGGAAAUGCCAUUCAACCCAGCUAUUUUUCUCCUUGGCAUACUUUGGAAACAAAUGGUAAAAGAGUGACACAACAAGUGAUCGUUUAUUAAUGGUACACCAUAGUAAGAGUCUGACAAUGUUUCGAAUCUGCAUUAUUAUUAAGUAAGCUAGCAAAUUGGGAUGGGUGGAGCUUAAUCAAAACUUGAACUAACAGUAACCGUUUCGUGUACAGUACUACCUCAUUUUUAUUUGCAUUGGAAGCACGGUGGACGGUAGUGUAAAAACUGCUAAUUGUUUGAAACUGCUUUUGAAGAGAUAUUGCAAUAUGAAUUGGGCAAAAGACAUGGUAAUCUCAAGGUGGAGUUUGCACAGCAGGUAUAUUGAAUGGAUUAAAAGUGGGACAAUCUGCUCGUUGAAAAGAAAAAUUUAGGACUCCUUUAAGGAAAAUUAAAAAGAAUCACUUUACUGGUUGUUUCUGCCAUCUUGUUACAAUCAACCAACAUGAAGUGUCAAGAUCAAUUGUAGAAGAGCUGUUUUGCCCCCUUCGAAAAUAGUUGUAUUUACUGCAAGGGGAUUUGUUCCUACAGUGAGAACAAUGUGUCAAUCCUGUGGUACUUCCACCUUUUUAGCACUAAGUGUGGGUGAUUAUGGGAACCUUUCAAGAGCAUAAAUAAAAUGAAACAAAAUAAGUUGUAAGGUGGCUUAACGUUGCUGUAUUUUCAGCAGUUGAAUGUUUUAUUUAUCUGUGUCAUUUUUGGUGUGAAAUUUUUGUUAUCCAAAUGUUAGCAUUUGGUACCAUGUAGUGUUCUAUCCAUAAGGAUCUGUAACUUAAGACUUCUAAAGCAAUGUAAAUAGGGCAGUAGGUAGACGGAACCCUUUUGCAUUCAGAUGCUGGUUGUUCCUCUCUACAUGGUGAAGAGAGACACUAUUUUUAUACUGCGAUACCAUGUGGGGCUGGGAAACCAACCUGAACAACUUGGGAAUUGUUACCUAUAUCCAAUAUUUUUAUUAAACCUUGUUGGCUUGACACAUCUACUGACUGAAAUGGAUGUCUUAGUCUAGGUUACUAUUUUGUCAUAUGGAAUAAAUAAAAAAAAUGCAGGAUAUGAUUUGCAAGGUAAAAAUGUGUUUUUUUCUUUCCUGACCUGUCAAUUUUCAAAGAAAAACAGAAUACUGGCAAUAGGAGUUUGUGGUUUAUGAUGAUGUCCUUCUAUAGAACCUGUUAAUGAAAGUAUUUAACACUGCAGUAUCCUUUUUGAAC